GCCCCCCGACCCCCAGCACAGCCGGGGCCGCUGCCCCCCACCAUGCGCUGGGGGGGUCUCCUCCUGCUCCUCCUGCUCCGCGGGGCGCUGGGCGCAGGACGCCCCCCCGGGAGCCCGGCGGUGGGCGAAGGGCGACGGAGAACUCGGGAUACAUCCGAAGGGACCCGGAUCAGCCACGACCUGGGCGGGGGCAGCCUGGCCAUCGACACCCUGCCCGCCAACGAGACCCGGAUCGUGGAGGACAACCACAGCUACUACGUGUCGCGGGUGUUCGGCCCCGGGGAGGCCCAGAGGAAGGGGCUGUGGGUGGACAUGGCAGCGGCCAACGGGAGCCAAGUGAAGAUCCACGGGAUCCUCUCCAACACUCACCGCCAGGCCUCGAGGAUCAUCCUCUCCUUUGACUUCCCCUUCUACGGCCACCUCCUGCGGCAGGUCACGAUAGCGACGGGUGGUUUUAUCUUCGUGGGGGACGUGAUCCACCGCAUGCUCACGGCCACCCAGUACAUCGCCCCCCUCAUGGCCAACUUCAACCCCAGCUACUCCCGCAACUCCACCGUCCAGUACCUGGACAAUGGGACGGUUUUUGUGGUGCAGUGGGACAAGGUGUACCUGCAGGGCAAGGAAGACAUGGGCAGCUUCACCUUCCAGGCAGCCCUGCACAGCACCGGGAGGAUCGUCUUUGGGUACAAGGAGAUCCCGGUGCCAGUGCUGCAGAUCAGUGCCACCCAGCACCCCGUGAAGGCCGGGCUCUCCGACGCCUUCAUGGUCCUCAACCCUUCUCCCGACGUGCCUGAGUCCCGGCGCCGGACCAUCUACGAGUACCACCGUGUGGAGCUGGACACCAGCAGGAUCAGCAGCCUGUCAGCCGUGGAGUUCACCCCCCUGCCCACUUGUCUCCAGCACCAGAGCUGUGAAACGUGUGUGACCUCAGAGCUGACCUUCAACUGCAGCUGGUGUCACGUCCUGCAGAGGUGCUCCAGUGGCUUUGACCGGUACCGGGAGGAGUGGUUGUCCUAUGGCUGUGGCCAGUCAGAUGAAAAGACCUGUGAGGAUCUGGCAGAAGGCAGCCACUACUCAGCCCCUCCUGACAGCUCCUUGUCCCCUCUGAGCGAGGGCGUCACCUCCUCCACGGCCUCGCUCUUCAUCGACAGCCUCACCACCGAAGACGACACGAAGCUCAACCAGUUUGCAGGAGCAGAGGGCGUGGGGAGCAGCCUUCCUUCCAAGACGGCCCCGAUUCCCACCGGCACCAUCGUGGGGAUCGUCCUGGCCGUGCUGCUCGUGGCCGGGAUCAUCCUGGCUGGGAUCUACAUCAGCAGCCACCCCACCUCCAACGCCGCCCUCUUCUUCAUCGAGCGGAGGCCACACCACUGGCCUGCCAUGAAAUUCCGGAAUCACACCCACCACGCCACCUACGCCGAGGUGGAAGCAGCCAGCCAGGAAAAGGAGGGAUUUGUGGAAGCAGAGCAGUGCUGAGAGACCCCCCCUUCCCCUCCCUCCCUCCUGCAUCCCAAUCCUGCCGCGUCCCACGUGUCGGAACCUCCCGUUAUCCCAAAGUCUGUCCCCUUCCUGGAGAAGAAACGGCAAGGAGAGAGAGGAAAAAAAAAAAAAAAGACCCCAAAAAUGGAUUUUUUAAUUUUUUUUUUUUUUUCACAAGGAAUGGGGCAGGAAAGGAGGAGGCUGGAUGUGCCUGGAUCCUCCUGGGCACCUCCUGGGUGUGGUGGUGGGGGGAACGUGCAACCAACUUUUGACUUUGGUGAGGGGUUUUUUGGGCUUUUUGUUUGUUUGUUUGUUUUUUCCCUCUUCCCUCCUCCACCAGAGCCUGAACAGCAGCAGAAAUGGGGGGGGGGGGGAAACUUGUUCCCUGGGGUGCCUCGAGCAGCAGGUUCUUGGGGAGCAAAGAGAAGCUUUUUGGGGCACGGCGGCUCUGGAAUGCUCAGGAAUGUUGUGUUGGCCUCUUCCCUCUCAUGGAGUGCUUGGGAAGCGGGAUCAGAUGUUGUGGUGGCCCAGGAGGGGUCAGGUUGGCUCUCCAGGGCUCCUCUCCCAUCCCCUCACCCCCCCAGCUCUGUCCCUUUCUCCCCUUUGCCUUCUUUAAUUGACAUUUAAUUUUGCCUUCACGCCUCAGAAGCCUCAAGUCCUGGUCUCCUCCACCAACUUGGAUCCAACUCUCCCUUCAAAGCAACACCUUCCAGCCCCUCCUCUGGAGAAAGGGGAACCUGAACUAUUUUAAGGACUAAAAACCCUGCAGAGGAUUCACCUCCAGGAUUUUCAUGAGCCAACGGCUUUGAUGCGCUUUUUGGCAUCUAAUUAGUUGGCUAAAUUACUAAUUAUGACCCUUCCCCUAAAGGAGAUGGAGAGUAGGGGAAAAAAAACCCUGAAAUUCCUUCAAAAUACGUCCUCAUGGCCACUGAUCCAGUGGGAACAGGAUGGGUCUGAUGGAAGAGAGGAUGGGGAGAGAGCACUGGAAAACCACAGGCUAAAUCCUGGGGCAAAUCCAAGCUCAUCCAUGGGCAUUCCAGAUAAAUCAGGAAUGCCUGGACAGCACAGAAAUUGUGAAAAUCGCCUGGUCAACAUCACAUUUUUUGAGUCGGUGGAAUUUCUUUUUCCCGAUUUUUGUUCUAUUUUCUCUCGCCUGUGACGAGCCCCACGUGUGGAUUUGGUGCUUCCAGGACCUGACCCCAAGGAAAGGCUCCCACACCAGGACCUCUUGGGGUUUUUCUCCUCCUUCUACACCCUCAGAAUUUGAGAUUAAACCUGCAAAAAAAAAACCCCUCUGCCCAACUCCACAGACGGGGUGGAAAGAAAGGGAGAAUCCACACUUCAGGCCCAGUUGAAAUUUUAUUUCCCCUCCCUAAAAAGGUGUUGGUUGAUGGGUCUUUCCACCUCCCCUUUUUUGGGGGGCUUUUCCCCCUUCCCCCUUUUUUUUUUUUAAUUUUUCCCCUGCUCCUCAGCUCUUUAUUCUGAUAUUUGGUACAACUCUGACCCAGGGGCUGG